GGCGGCCCCGCUGUCAUGCCUGGGCGGUUCCUGGAGCAGAGCGUGGAAUUGGAGGGAAGGAAGAUGGCGGCAGCACACAGUGGUAGGGGACCGGCCUUGGGUGCGAAGUUACCCCUGCGGCUGCUACUGGUCUUGGUUCUGGGGUUGCUGUGGGCGCCCUCGAGAAGCUGGGCGCAUGGGGGCAAGUACUCGAGGGAGAAGAAUGAGCCCGGCACCCCCCCGAAACGCGAGCCCGGGACCGAGUUCCGGAUGGAGAAGCUGAACCAGCUCUGGGAGAAGGCGAAGCGGCUUCAUUUUUCUCCUAUAAAAAUGUCAGAACUCAAUGUUGAUCUGAAGAUGCAAGAAAAGGAUGAACUCAACUGGAAAAAAAUGAAGGCUGAAGGAUUAGAUGAUGAUGGAGAAAAAGAAGCAAAGCUGAUCCGCAAUUUCAAUGUCAUUUUGGCUAAAUAUGGACUAGAUGGGAAGAAGGAUGCUCAGCUGAUAAAUACCAAUUACAUCAAUGAUGGCACAGAAAAUGAUGUGCUGGAUGAUCCAAGACUAGAAAAAUUAUGGAAUAAGGCUAAAACCUCUGGGAAAUUUUCCAGUGAGGAGUUAGAUAAACUGUGGCGGGAAUUUAAACAUCAUAAAGAAAAAGUCCAUGAAUAUAACGUCCUUUUAGAAACUGUGAGCAGAACAGAAGAGAGCCACAAAAAUGUCAUCAGCCCGUUGGAUGGGAACCCCAUCAAAGAAGACGUCCUCCACAGCAGGCACACGGAGCUGAAAGACAAACUCCGGAGCAUCAACCAGGGCUUCGACCGCUUACGGAAAGUCAGUCACCAGGGUUACGAUGCAGACAGCGAGUUUGAAGAACCAAGAGUAAUUGAUUUGUGGGACAUGGCUAAAACAGCAAACUUUACUCAGAAGGAACUGGAUUCGUUCCGGGAGGAGCUUAAACAUUUUGAAGCCAAAAUUGAAAAGCAUCAUCAUUAUCAGAAGCAGUUGGAAAUUUCUCAUCAAAAACUAAAGCAUGUAGAGGGAACUGGCGAUAAAGAGCACCUGAGCCGGAAUAAAGAGAAAUAUGCCAUGCUCGAAGAAAAGACUAAAGAAUUGGGCUACAAGGUAAAGAAGCACUUACAAGACUUGUCUACUAGAAUCUCAAGAGGUCUUCAACACAACGAACUCUGAAGGUAUUCUGGACGUCUUCAGCAGAGCAUUCGCUGUGUCUGCAUUGAGCAUCAUCAGUACGUUUAUUCCUGUAGGUUUUCAUCCUAAAAAGAAUUCGUUAAAACGCUGUGCUUUUUAAUGUAGAAAACAUCCAUAAUGGUACCUCUGAAGACAGGUCAAAGUGUCCUCAUGGAGGGAGUCAUUUGCAGUUGCCGUUUAUCUAAUCAUUCAGCUGAAAGAUGUAAAUGUUAAGGGGAACCAGGCAUUUAAAUAGCUCAUUAGUGAUCUUGAUUCUGUACUCAAGGUCUGGGGCUUUGAUUGACAAAGAUGUCUUCCUUCGAGCACAUAUUGAUGUCCUAUUUUUUUUUUUCCCUAUAAGACAGUUCUUUUCACAUCGCAUAUACAGAAAAAUGCAACUGGAGAUCAGUUUGCAUCCAUCCACAGUAUAUGAUACGUCAAUAGAAGUUUUUUAUAAAGAAAUCACUAGGAACAAUUAAAAACUACUGAAGUAUUUGAAUUUUCAGAUUAUUCCUAAUUAUGAAACCAGACUUUUGUUUUGUUUUUUAAAAAAAAACAAUCAUUUGCAGCAUUAAAUACUGUGAUCCAUCUUAUCACUGUAAUGAAUUAAACUGAAAAAUACAAAAUA